AUGUAUUCGCGUUUCAAAAAUAAUAUUUUGUGUGCUUAUUAUCCAAAUAUCGCCACUUUAUAUGAAUUUCUUACUGCACAUUGUGGCAAUCAAAUCGAAUUGAUUCAGGAGGAGGAUCAAGACGACUAUAUAAAUUUACUAAAAACCUCACUCAUAAAUGAUACCGAACGGUCCUUUUCGCGUUACUGUUACCAGUUGGGACGGGAUACGAAUGACAAUUUUGAAGAGGUGCUUAAUGAGGUUAUUAAGGUUCUUGUUAAGGAAUCGGAACGAGAAAAGCCACCCAACAUUUUAUCACUUGGCUUUAAUGAGAUACGAUAUAGACCCGGAGAGUUACAGACGGAAUACGAAAAUACAUGCUUACAUUAUAUCAGACGUUUACCAGCAAUGAAAUUGCUUUACUCUAGGCUUGGUAAAACCGCAAUGCGUUAUUUAUUGAAGAGUACGUCGAUAUUUCUCUCUUUUCCAAAUAAUUCUUAUCUUCAAGUAACCGGUAUUGCAAUUAGUGAAUUGCCUAAUCCGAAAGAUCAUACUCAUUGGACUUCAUCUCAAGAAGCUCCUGAAAAAAUUUCUUCUCAUAAAAUCCUUGAAAGGACAUCAUCAGUAGUAACCCUUAUAGAAGAAGCCAUGCAAGGAACUUUUGAAAGAACAUUAUCAGAAGAAACUCUUAUAGAAGAAGGCAUACAAGGAACUUUUGAAAGGACAUUAUCAAAUGAAACUCUUGUAGAGGAGCUGAAUGGCGAGAAUUAUCAAUCAGAAGUAGUGUCAAAAAAAAGGACAUUAGAUGAUUCCGAUUCACAAUCUGAAAAAAAUUUUAAAGCCACCAAAUACAAUAAUAAUGAUAGUAUUAGAACUUUCCAGAAAUCAAAUAUGAUUCAUACUGAUUUUUCAGAAGUAAAUUCAACAGGAGGUAAAAGAAAACCUUCAGAUCUUAUAUUUAACAGGCCCAAGAUGUUUUUCUGCUCCACAACUUGCAAUUUUGAUGGUUCUGUCUGGAUCGGACUACCUAAACAUCAUAUUUUAAAUACUACAAAGGUCUCGACAGACGACGUUAUUCGACACAUUUUUCCAAAGCAAUUUGGACUUUGUAACGUGUUUGAUAUUAAUAAUAAUGAGCAACCAAGCGAACAAUCGUUAUUCAGCCUGUAUCAAAAUCGUACUGAGAACUCUAAUGCUGAUAUACCACAUCGCUUGGUUCAAGUAUUACCUAUGAUAAACAAAAUGAUUUCACGUCAUAAAAAACUUCGAUAUAUAAUUUUACCUAUGCUCAAUCGUUAUUGUCCUGUGAAGACACAAGGCGAGUUAUCCGCUUCUUCUGCAGACAAACAGACGCAAGACAAGUUAUCCUCUUCUACAGACGAUGACUCUUCCAUUCAGAAUUUAAAUUUUCAUUCGAAUAUAUUUCAGGUUACCACAUUUGUUCGUGCAGUGUUGAAUAAUGUAAUUCCAGAGGAGUUUUGGGGUUGUGAUGAUAAUAAACGAAUAAUAUUAAAAGCUAUAGAAAACUUCAUCGCGCUCAGACGUUAUGAAGUUUUCUCUCUGCAUGAUGUUUUAAAGAAAUUCAAAACUAAACCGUGUAAAUGGCUUGUGGUGGAGGGCAAUAAAAAUAACAAGAUUGAAGCUGAUAAGCGUACUGAAUUAUUAUAUGAAUUUAUCUGGUGGAUAUUUGAUUGCUUUGUUAUUCCGUUGCUUAAAACUACUUUUUAUAUAACCACAAAUUCAACAUACAAGCAUCGUUUAUUUUACUAUCGCCACGAUGUCUGGUUACGAAUUGCCAAAUGUGGCGAAGAAUCUUUGUCUUUGAAAGGUAUCUAUAAAGAAAUUUCUCCGGAGGUUGAGAAAGAAUUCUUAGACAAGAGUAUUUUGGGAUAUUCGACCGUUCGAUUUCUUCCAAAAGAUUCGAAUGGAACAGUUCGGCCUAUUAUCAAUCUAAGUAGAGCGCAGAAGAUGUCGGAGGAAGAUGGACAGGCGCAAUCUGUGAACACAAUUCUACGAGAUGCGUUUCAAGUUCUAACAUUCGAAAAGGAUAAGCAGUUAUUGGACAAAGAGUCUUCUAUCUUAAGUGGUUCAGUGUUCGGUUUUGAUGAGAUUUAUGAACGUUUGAAAGAUUUUAAACGAAAGCUUGCUGAAAAUGGAUAUACCGGUAUACGACCAAGGUUAUACUUUGCGAAAGUUGAUGUCCAAGGUUGUUUUGAAUCAAUUAAUCAAGAUCAAGUCUUGGAAAUAGUUAAAGAUAUAAUAGAAGAAGAUGCUAAGUAUGCAAUUCAUAAAUAUGAUGUGGUUUACCGAAAAGCUGGUGCAGUACGCGCAUUUCAUGACCAUUAUAUCGACUCGGGAGAUGAUGCUCCUGAUUUUCCAAACUUUGCAAGAGAAUCUGCGCUAAAGUUCCAAAGUUCAGUUUUUGUUGAUCGCGUUAAAGAAUCAUAUAUAGAUGGGGAAUAUAUAAUUAAACUUUUGGAAAGCCAUAUAAAGUAUAAUUUGGUAAAAAUUGGGAAUAAGUCUUAUAGACAACAAGAAGGCAUUCCACAAGGAUCAAUCGUAUCAUCAUUGCUUUGUAGUUUUUACUUUGGUGCGAUGGAACGGGAUGUGUUUCCUUUUGUAAAGCACGAUGAUGGCGUAAGUAAAUAUAUCGAUUUUAAAGGUACAGACAAAAAUAAGGUCGAGAGGUUUUUAAUUGCAAUGCAUGAAGAGCAUCCGAAAUAUAAAUGUAUUGUCAAAUCUGAUAAGAGCUUAACAAACUUUGAUGCUAUUAUCAAUGGGAAGCCGAUAAAAAAAUUAAGUAAUACGUUUGAUUUUCCAUGGUGCGGAAUUCUAAUUGAUACAUUCACAUUGAAUUGCAAAGUUGAUUAUAUGCGAUAUAGCACUGCACAUAUUUCGGACUCUUUAACAAUCAAGACAAGGAAUUCUAAAGAAACGUUAAAACAAAAGAUGAAUGAGUUAGGUAUGCAUGCGUUUCAUCGUAUACUUACUCGAAAGCAGACGUCUUAUAAGCAACUUUUAGAAUAUCUAAAAUCGAAAAUCCACAAUUCACCGAUUAAACGAGUUAAGCUAUUGCAAAGUACCAUUGAUCGGAACAAUUCAAAAAUAUUUGAAAAUUUACGUUACUAA